AUGCUGACCCACCGGUUAGGCUGGGAGCUCCGAGGACAGGGAGGGUGUCUGGGGGUCCCCUCUGCAUUCCAGCGAACAGACACAGGUGGGGAUGAUGCACGAGCGGAGGAAAGACUUCUGGGGUCCUGGUAUGCUCUUGCCGUGGCCUCAGGUGAGAAGGGCUUUGCGUUGGAGAAGGCCUCGAAGAACAUCGAGGGCGUCAUGGUGACCCUUACUCCAGAAAACAACCUGAAAUUGUUGUCCUCCAGGCACAGGCUGGAGAGGCGUGACGUGAACGUGGUGGAGGUGCCGAGACAGAGCUCUGGAUGGGUGUUUGAGAACCCCUCCCUGGGAGUGUUGGACUACCGGGGGCUGGGCACCAACUUCAGGGACUACGCCAUUGUGUUCACCCAGCUGGAGUUCAAGGAUGAGGCGUUCAACACCGUGGAGCUGUACAGUAAGCCGGAGGAGCUGGCCAGCCAGGAGGCCCUGCGCCUCUUUGCUAGGUGGAGCAAGGACCUGGGCUUCCUGUCUCAGCAGCAGGCCACGCGGUAG